AAAUGAAUCCAUCUAUAGCUCAAGAAGAUUCUAAGUUAUUAAACACAGCUACAACUGAUCCUUCUCCUAUAGCUCAAGAAGAGCCUCAGUUAGUAGAUCAACCUGUUAUUGUUCCUUCUCCAAUAGCACAGGAGCCUGACAACGAUCUACCGGCACCGGGAAGCGAGUUUGCUGAGUUCGCCGCUGGAUGUUUCUGGGGACUGGAGCUUGCUUUCCAGAGGAUCCCUGGCGUGACUGAGACUGAGGUUGGGUACACUCAUGGGAUCUCUCACAAUCCUUCAUACGAGGUUGUCCGCACGAACAAAACGAACCAUGCAGAGGUUGUAAGGGUUCAGUAUAAUCCCAAUGAGUGCAGCUAUGAGACACUGCUUGAUUUGUUCUGGUCUAGGCAUGAUCCCACCACCUUAAAUCGCCAGGGAGAGCUUGUGGGAGCUCAAUACCGAUCAGGGAUAUACUUCUAUACACCAGAGCAAGAGAAACUUGCACAUGAAUCUCUAGAGAAUCAGCAGACAAAACUUGAGAAGAAGAUUGUGACUGAGAUCUUACCAGCAAAGAAGUUCUACAAAGCUGAAGAAUACCAUCAGCACUAUCUAGCUAAAGGUGGCAUGUAUGGCAAUGCGCAAUCUCCUGCAAAGAGCUGCAAGGACCCUAUCCGCUGCUACGGCUAGGUAUAAAGACUUUGUAACUCUUUCAUCCCAAAACACAGGAGUGUUCUCUGUUUGUAUGUGUGUAAUUAUCAGUUCAUAAUAAAGAUGUGGUAUAAUGUUA